AUGGGCAUUUCAAGUGAAUCCUCAGCUGAGAAAACAUCAACAGAUACCACUUCAACAGCAUCCACAAAACAGGUCACCUCUUCCUCUAACUCCCCUACAACUCCAUCAACUUUAGCCUCUUCAACUGAAUCCACAACUCAGAAAACAUCAAGUGUGUCCACUUCCUCAUCUUCUACACUAGAUAUCAGCACUUCAUCCACACCACCAACCUCUGCCACAACCAUGGCCUCUUCAAAUGCAACCACACCUCAGAUUACAUCAACAGGUUCCAGUUCAGCAGCAUCCACAAAACAGAAAACAUCUUGUGUCUCCACUUCUUCAUCUUCUACACUAGAUAUCAGCACUUCAUCCACACCACCAACCUCUGCCACAACCGUGGCACCUUCAACUGAAUCCUCAUCUCACAAAACUUUAACAGAUACCAGUUCAACACCAUCCAAUAAACAGAUCACCUCUUUAUCUAACUCCCCUACAACUCCAUCAACUUUAGCCUCUUCAACUGAAUCCACAACUCAGAAAACAUCAAGUGUGUCCACUUCCUCAUCUUCUACUCUAGAUAUCAGCACUUCAUCCACACCACCAACCUCUGCCACAACUGUGGCAACUUCAACUGAAUCCACACCUCAGAAAACUUCAACAGAUACCAGUUCAACACCAUCCACAAAACAAGUCACCUCUUCAUCUAACUCCCCUACAACUCCAACAACUUUGGUCUCUAUGCCUGUGACCACACCUCAGAUUCCAUCAAAAGUGUUCAUUUCAUCAAUUUCAUCCACACCACCAACCUCUGCCUCAACCGUGGCCUCUUCAACUGAAACCACACCUCAGAUUACAUCAACAGCUUCCAAAAAUAUCAAUAUUGACCACUUCAACAGCAUCCACAACACAAAUCACCACUUCAGCCAACUCAACAACAACUGCUACAACUUUGGCCUCUAUGCCUGUGACCACACCUCAGAUUCCAUCAAAAGUGUUCAUUUCAUCAAUUUCAUCCACACCACCAACCUCUGCCUCAACCAUGGCCUCUUCAAAUGCAACCACACCUCAGAUUACAUCAACAGGUUCCAGUUCAGCAGCAUCCACAAAACAGAUAUCAGCACUUCAUCCACACCACCAACCUCUGCCACAACCGUGGCACCUUCAAAUGAAUCCACAUCUCAGAAAACUUCAACAGAUACCAGUUCAACACCAUCCACAAAACAGAUCACCUCUUCAUCUAACUCCCCUACAACUCCAUCAACUUUAGCCUCUUCAACUGAAUCCACAACUCAGAAAACAUCAAGUGUGUCCACUUCCUCAUCUUCUACUCUAGAUAUCAGCACUUCAUCCACACCACCAACCUCUGCCACAACCGUGGCAACUUCAACUGAAUCCACACCUCAGAAAACUUCAACAGAUACCAGUUCAACACCAUCCACAAAACAGGUCACCUCUUCAUCUAACUCCCCUACAACUCCAACAACUUUGGCCUCUUCAACUGUAUCCACAACUCUGAUAACAUCAACAGUGACCACUUCAACAGCAUCCACAAAACAAAUCACCACUUCAGCCAACCCAACAACCACUCCUACAACUGUGGCCUCUUCAACUGAAACCACACCUGAGAUUUCCUUAAUAGGUUCCACUUCAGCAGCAUCCACAAAGCCGCUCACCUCUUCAUCUAAUUCUUCAACAACUGCCACAAAUUUGGCCUCUACACCUGAAACCACACCUCAGAUUACAUCAACAGUGUUCACUUCAUCAACUUCUUCCACACCACCAACCUCUUCCACAACUGUGGCCUCUUCAACUGAAACCACACCUCAGAUUACAUCAACAGCUUCCAGUUCAACAGCCUCCAAAAAACAGGUCACCUCCUCAUCUAACUCCCCUACCACUCUAACAACUUUGGCCUCUUCCACUGAAUCCACAACUCAGAAAAUAUCAAUAUUGACCACUUCAACAUCAUCCACAACACAAAUCACCACUUCAGCCAACUCAACAACAACUGCUACAACUUUGGCCUCUAUGCCUGUGACCACACCUCAGAUUCCAUCAAAAGUGUUCAUUUCAUCAAUUUCAUCCACACCAUCAACCUCUGCCUCAACCAUGGCCUCUUCAAAUGCAACCACACCUCAGAUUACAUCAACAGGUUCCAGUUCAGCAGCAUCCACAAAACAGGUCACCUCUUCAUCUAACUCCCCUUCCACUCCAAUAACUUUGGCCUCUACACCUCAAACCACAUUUCAGAUUACAUCAAAAGUGGUGACUCCAUCAAUUUCAUCCACCCCACCAACCUCUGCCACAAUAGUGGCAACUUCAACUGAAUCCACACCUCAGAAAACAUCAAGUGUGUCCACUUCCUCAUCUUCUACACUAGAUAUCAGCACUUCAUCCACACCACCAACCUCUGCCACAACCGUGGCACCUUCAACUGAAUCCACAUCUCAGAAAACUUCAACAGAUACCAGUUCAACACCAUCCACAAAACAGAUCACCUCUUCAUCUAACUCCCCUACAACUCCAUCAACUUUAGCCUCUUCAACUGAAUCCACAACUCAGAAAACAUCAAGUGUGUCCACUUCCUCAUCUUCUACUCUAGAUAUCAGCACUUCAUCCACACCACCAACCUCUGCCACAACCGUGGCAAUUUCAACUGAAUCCACACCUCAGAAAACUUCAACAGAUACCAGUUCAACACCAUCCACAAAACAGGUCACCUCUUCAUCUAACUCCCUUACAACUCCAACAACUUUGGCCUCUUCAACUGUAUCCACAACUCUGAUAACAUCAACAGUGACCACUUCAACAGCAUCCACAAAACAAAUCACCACUUCAGCCAACUCAACAACAACUGCUACAACUUUGGCCUCUAUGCCUGUGACCACACCUCAGAUUCCAUCAAAAGUGUUCAUUUCAUCAAUUUCAUCCACACCACCAACCUCUGCCUCAACCAUGGCCUCUUCAAAUGCAACCACACCUCAGAUUACAUCAACAGGUUCCAGUUCAGCAGCAUCCACAAAACAGGUCACCUCUUCAUCUAACUCCCCUUCCACUCCAAUAACUUUGGCCUCUACAUCUCAAACCACAUUUCAGAUUACAUCAAAAGUGGUGACUCCAUCAAUUUCAUCCACACCACCAACAUAUCAGCACUUCAUCCACACCACCAACCUCUGCCACAACCGUGGCAACUUCAACUGA